GGCCGCGCCCGCCAUGGCGGCGCCGCAGCCCCGGCGCGGUCGCGCUCGGUGACGGCUGGAGGCGGGCGGGGCGCGGAGGGACGGCAAAAUGGCGGCGCCCUCGGCUCCGCGGCCGCCCAGGCCCCGCAAGGAGCCGCAGCCGCUCGUCAUCCCGCGCAGCGCCGCCGACGAGCAGCGCCUCCGCCUCGAGAGGCUCAUGAGGAACCCGGAAAAGACCGUACCAAUUCCCGAGAAACUGAAUGAGUGGGCACCACGACCUCCCCCGGAGUUUGUUAGAGAUGUGAUGGGCUCCAGUGCUGGAGCUGGCAGUGGGGAGUUUCAUGUGUACCGGCAUCUUCGUCGCCGAGAGUACCAGAGGCAAGAUUUCAUGGAUGCCAUGGCUGAGAAGCAAAGACUAGAUGAGGAAUUCCAGAAGAAACUGGAGAGGAAUAAGAUGAUUGCAGAAGAACAAACAGCAAAACGCAGAAGGAAGCGCCAGAAGUUGAAAGAGAAGAAACUGCAAGCUAAGAAAAAUAAACUUGAACAAAAGAAACAGGAAAAAGAAUCUGAUCAAUCUCAAGAGCGAGUCAGCAGCGAGGAUGAUGAAGAGGAUAGCAAGGAGGAGGAAGAGAAGGAAGAUGAUGCCGAAGAGCCAAGUUUUGUGAUGGGAAGAGGAUGAGGCUUCUCAUGGAGAGCUGGAAACACUGUUCAUUGCUUUAUACCCAGGAGCAUGAAGCCUUUCAUCUCGGCCAAGCGGAACCCAUUGGCGUACGUUCUAUCUGCUUAACGGUGAAUGACCUUCACGUCGCAGGCCCAAGAGAUAUUGAUAGAGAAAUGCCAAAUAAGAGAGAUUUUUUUCCUUAACUGCUUGUAUAACUGCUGUGCAGUCUGCUCUGUUUGCUCUCAAGAGUCAGCUGUAAGUCUCUGUGACCCUGGAGUUCGUUCUGACAUGGCCCAGAGUGUUUUUCUGAAAGCUAAAACAUAUCCAUUACUAUUUAAGGAAGAUAUUACUGUGAGGACUGCGUAAUCUACUUCUGUCAAAGCUGGUAGCAAUCAGAUACCUGAAUCUAAGGGCAGAGUUUAACCUGAAAUAGAAAAGUGGUCUGUAGCCAGACUGUCUUGCACUGUGAGCGUUCUGAAUUUGGGGGUUUGUAUGGGGUCAUCUCUAACCCAAAGAAAUCAGUUUAUGUUGCUAGACAAGUUGUAUAGAUUUUUAAGCAGGAUCCCUUUUUUAUUGCUAAAAUUUCCCUAUUACUUUUCUUCCAUGUUUUUUAAAUUAAUAAAAGGGAUGUGUCGGAUUG